CCUACCAAAAAACUCAAUUUCAACAUUAUAACAUACUUUUUGGAAUUCAUGGCGAAGACUGCCGAGGCAGUCAAUGAAGAUGCCGGAGGCCAAUUUAGUCCAUCCCGGUGGCUUGCCCGUCGUGAUCACCCCCUCGGCCAGAUGACAGGAUUGGUAGACGCAAUUUCGAAGUGCCUUGCCUUCCUUCCCCUCGAACGGACAGAAGUUCGUUUCACUCCUUUUUUGUGUGCUCUAAAUGUCUGUGUGGGAACGUUAAUCAGGCGCCUUCUUGAAGUUAUUAAUUUGUUUGGAGCAACUCUUGCGAGCACUGCAACGAUCGAAGAGACAUGUCUCUGUUAUCCUCGUUCCGUCGAUGAUGAACUACAACUGCGGUCGACCGUUCUCUCCAAAGACUAG